UGGAUCACUCUUAUGUUAUUCUUUGCCAUUUUUUUAUAUAUUAUGUUUAGGUUCGAUUCAUUCACCGCACUGCUUCACUCCUGAGCACUGGAUCGAUCGAGUUUCAAUUUCCUCUAUUAUCUUUGUUGCUUUCCAUGUAACCCCACCUCUUAUCCAUAUAUAUCCAUUCUUCUUCCUCACACUUGUUUAAUUUGCACAAAUAUAUUAUACUCCAAAUAAACCGUCUCAUAAUGGAGGAGUCAGGUGAAAAUUGGCCUUCCGAUAAUUCUUAUCUGGAUGAGGUCAACGAUGAAUUUGGUAGUGAAGAUGAAGAGGGAGGUUCAUUUUCUGGAAUGGGCGAGACCGACAGAAAGAAGAGAAAGCGAGAACUCGCAGAGAGGUUCCUUGCACUUUCAGCCACCAUACCUGGCUUCACCAAGACGGACAAGACUUCAAUCCUGGCCAAUGCUAGUAGCUAUGUGAAACAACUUCAGCAACGUGUGAGGGAGCUAGAGCAAGAAGUUCAAUCCAACGUUUCUAGCAAUGAAGGUGCCACCAGCUCUUGCGAAGUGAACUCAUCCAAUGAUUAUUACUCUGGUGGUGGACCAAAUGAAAUUCUUCCCGAGGUCAAAGUAAGAGUGUUACAGAAGGACGUUCUCAUCAUAAUCCACUGUGAGAAACAGAAGGGCAUCAUGCUCAAAAUACUUUCCCAGCUUGAAAAUGUUAAUCUCUCUGUAGUCAACAGUAGCGUCUUGCGAUUUGGGAAAAUCACUCUCGACAUCACCAUUAUUGCUAAGAUGGGUGAGGGUUACAAGAUGACGGUGGAUGAACUAGUGAAGACCCUGAGAGUAGCGAUAUCUUGAUGACUCAUUAGCUAGCCUGUCCUAAUGUACCUACCAAGCAAGUGCAGUAUUAAUUGUAAUUUGAGAAAAAGCUAGUAAUAAACUCUUGUUUACUCUUUUCAACACAUUCUUUUAUUGAGUAAAAUUCAUGAAUCGUGUACUAAACAUGUGAGUCCGAUGUUCCAUUUGAAUUUUAUUAUCAUAUUAUUAAAACCUACUUGAAUUUUAAGCAAUAAAAAAAUAUGUCGAAAAGAGUGUUGAGAACUA